AUCUGAUCUCUCCUCCGCCAUUUUUACAGCACUAUUCAGCAGGAACCACACGCUAAAACACCGACUCAGCUCUGAGCUUUCACACCAAACACACACAUGAUUCAGAUCCCCGAUCCUGCGACUUUACCGGUGUUAUGCUGAGAGAUUCGGCAAGAUUUGGACCGAUCCUGCGCUCAUUCAGAGAUGGAGGCCAUUUAUGGAGAGAUGGAGGUGGAGAGCUGCUAUACGCUUCUGGAACUUCCUUCGCCCAAGAAGAAACGCAAGAGCAAAAGCAGCACAGAGAGCUCCGACAAACCCAAGAAGCCCAGGUCAGCGUACCUGCUCUACUACUUCGACGUGCAUCAGAGCGUUCAGCAGGAGCAUCCCGAUCUGCCCCAGUCUGAGAUCAACAAAUGCAUCAGCGACAGCUGGAAGAGGCUGAACGUGGCGGAUCGAGGUUAUUACCUGGAGAGAGCGCGCAUGGAGAAAGACGGCGUCGACCCGAGCAGCCAAUCAGCAGCUGCGUCGUCUCAGGACGUCCCAGGUUUCCGCAAGAUCCUGCCGAGGGCGAAUUAUCUGCUCCUGCCCAAGACUUCGGGAGCAGAGCGGGCCGAGGGCGAGAGUGACAUGGAUGCCCUCACGGACGGGGCGGUGAACGGAGCCCCUCGGGCGUCCCCCAUGACUCUGGGCAGUGAGGUGGAGCUCUCGGAGCAGUGCAUCGCCAUCGAGGCGCUCAGUGAGGACACAACCGCUUCCCACAAUCCCAGUGACAGACUGAUGAGUCUUGGGCAGGACGGUCACAAGGCGGUUACUCUGCUUAUGAAGAGGGAGGAGUCUCGAAUAUCUUAUGGUGAUGUUGCCAUAGCGAUAGAGAAUGGAAUGGAAGGCGGGGCUUUGAUGCCUCAGAUCAAAGCAGACGCCACUCAUCUAGUUGCCAUAAUACCCAAUCAGGGCCUGGAGAAUAAAGUGAUCAGCACGGCCAGCCCAAUAAUGAUGUUUCCGUUAAUGAGCGCUAUGAAAUCUGAACCCAAACCCUCCUUUAAACUGCCCAUCAAAUACACACGGAGAGGACGGGGCAACUGCAGCACACCGGGGUGUGUGUUUUCAUACGUCACCCGUCACAAACCGCCCCAGUGCCCUGACUGUGGACAACACCUCGGGGGGAAGUGGGUCGCAGCAGCUAAGAGAAGCUCAGUUAAAAGAGACCCGUCUUCAGCAAAACAGCGUGACGACUCCAAGCCUCCAGAUCAUGUGACAGACCCUGAUGAGACAUCGUCUAAAGACUCGGAACAGACGAGCGCUGCCAUUCUUCCUCAGAAAACCUGUCUAGAUAAAGCUGAGGAUGGCAAGACCACUGCGGCCCGCAGGGUGAGCCGUCGCAAGAGAGAGCGGAUGAGUGCAGUGUCUGAUGGGGCUGGUGUCAACCGGUCUGAUGCUGAACACACUGCUGUCCGAGCAUUGGGUGCUGGCCAUAUUCAGGUCGUCUCGAGAGAAAACAACAACAGCGUACUACAGAAACGCCGGAUACGAGCCAUUCUUCCAGCGCCCGCCCACAACAAUGGGUCUGGCCAGUCCGCAGUGGUGCAGUGGAUCACGGUUCCUCCUGAUAAAGCCAAAACCGACACUAAUAUCAUCAGAGCUGUGAAACCGUCAUCCAGUGAACACAUGACCGGUCUGAAGCCCAGCACCCUCAAACAGCUGGGUCACAUGAUCACACCCAGUGCCUUAGAACAGAAGCCCCUGACGGUCGGCAGUAACCAGUACAUCAUCACAGACAACGGUGUGAAGAUCCUAUCCAUGGUGCCCUUCAACAAGACCGCUGGAUCCUCCCUGGCUCUGGGUUUGUCUACAGCGAGAGGUCGAGGUCGUUGUAAGAAUCCGGCGUGUGAUUACGUCUAUAAGAACAGACACAAACCUCCACACUGCCCGACCUGCGGCUGCGAGCUCGCCAACAAACACGUCAAGAAGAACAAACUCACGCCGUGCGCUGAGGAUGUGUCCAGUUCUGCACUUCUGUUGGACUGGCCUCAAGCUCUGAGCGGGUCUCAGAAAGAGCAUCAGCGCCACUCCACCGUCAGUCUGCUGCGCUCGUGUCUCCAGUUCCCCGAGAGCGAGAGUGAACUGCAGGACGUGUUCAACCUCAUACACGAGCUCAACCGGCCCGAGGAGGAGAGCGCCGGCUGGCCCAGCUUCUACGAGUCUGCGGCCACACACUGCAGUCUGUGUCAGUGCGCACUGUUCAGAGGAGACCGCGGUUCAGUUGCAGGGUUGGAGGAUUGCUGGUUGUUGACUGAUCGUAUUAUUCGCCCCGUCACUCUGCAGCUGAAGGUCUGUACUAAUCUGCAGUGUCUGGCGAUACACAGUUUCACAGACUUACAUCCAGGUGUGUUUAAUGUUGGCAAUGAACUGCUGGUGACGCUGGAUUUAUUCUUUAAGAUGAGACACCAGAUCAGACUGGGAGACGAUCCUGCACACGCCGCUCUCGCUUUCAUCAAACACUCACAGAUGCUAUCAGACGCUGUGUUGAGCUCGGAGCAGGAGUCACAUGUUCAGGAUCUGUUCUGCAGCGGUUACUGGGCGUUUGAGUGUCUGACGGUUCGAGACUAUAACGACAUGAUCUGUGGUGUGUGUGGCAUCGCACCCAAACUGGAGAUCGCACAACGCAACACCAACAACACUUUACUGCUCAAAAACGUGGAGUUUACGUGGCCUGACGUCCCCGCGCCGGACGAGGUGCACGUCGAUGAGUUCUGGCUGACGAUGGAGAACGAGGCGCUGGAGCAGGCGGUGUUUCCCUCCAGUGUUCCUCUCACACGCUUCGACGCCUCCAUCAUCGCCCCGUUCAUCCCUCCUCUCAUGAGGAACACACUCGUCAUCAACACGGAGAAGGACAAGAUCACCCCUGACACUCAACACAGAGGGGACCCGUCGGUCCUGGUGCGUCUGAUCCACGAGGGUGUUCUGCUUCCCGAUCAGAUGGAUCAGCACAGUGAGGAGGAGCUCAGGGACGUGAUGGAGAAAUGUGGGAUUCCCGCAGCAGAAGACAGUGAUAAAGACGGGCUGCUGGAGGCGGUGUCUCUGCUGUAUUCACAAACACAAAACGGACUCUGGACGGGACGUCAGCCUCAAGCGCUCAUGAUGGCGGGCAAGAUCAGUAAAGUGUGUCCUCAUCAGGUGGUUUGCGGCUCCAAGUAUAUGGUGCGCAGAGAGAGCGCUCGCGAUCACCUGGACCUGCUGCUGUCUUCACGCUUCUGGCCGCCGGUUUACGUCACAGACUGUGCCCAGAAGGUGGCGCUCUGCGCUGACGUGUUAUAUCCUGAACUCGCCUCACAGAUGUGGGAGAAGAACCAGGGAUGUUUUUCUGAUCCGACUACAACACCACAGUACGUGUCGUGCCCGGAGCUUCAGGAUCAACCGUACAGUUUAGAUCUCACAGCAACUGAAUCAAACCCUCAUCUGCACCCGCUCACCAAAUCCUCGUCCCGCUGGAUAGUGCGACCCGACAGACCCGACGGACCCGACGCCCAGCACGCCAUGAGCCUCUGCAAGGAGCUCGAGCCUUACGCCGGCAUCGUCUCCGAGAUGUGGGAGCAGUCCGAGGGCGAACCCAGGCGCGAGGCUCUGGUGUUCGACAACGCGGCGUAUUACUACCUCUACAACAGAUUACUGGACUUUCUGAGCAGCAGAGACAUCGUGAACCAGCAGAUCGCAGAAGUGUUGAGCGCAUGCCAGCCGGGAGAGGUGGUGAUGAUCCGGGACGCCCUCUACAGGCUCGGAGUGGCACAGAUCAACUCUGACCCGGAGGAAGAGGGCCUGGACAAACACUCGGACGGACUUGUGUUUGAGGAGGUGAAGCUCGACUGAAGCAGGGACGGCUCACUCGACAAACACAAGCUGGAAAUGACUUCAGGUUUUAUUUAAGAGAUGGAGAGAAACAGAAAUAAACUCCUUAUUGAUGCGCCUAACGUUA